AUUUUACAGAAUACAACAAAAUCACAUUGCAAAUGAAAAUCCUCAAGCUAGCGGCUGUUUUGUUGCUGCUGUCUUGUGUAGUUAAAGGUGGGUCGGUAAAGUCAGGGAAAUUCUUUGCUAAUAAUGAGRCAGCAUCAAGCGACCCUGGAUGUUUCAAASUUGACUUUAAGACRGCGUUUCCAAGUARCAAUGACAUCAGAAUCCUURCUUCCGUGAKYCAAUCCAAYGACCAACAGCCUAUAAUCAACCCAGAGUCAUUAUGGSUAAAGCACGUGACUUCGAGUGGAUUUWGGGUUUGCGCACGUGAAUCCGUUGUCAGGUCAAACGAUACUCWGCUGAUCAACUGGCUGGCGAUGCAAGGCGCUGUCAAUGGACUGGAACAGGGUGAUGUCACGUUUGAUCGCUGGGGGUCUGGGACGCAAUGCAAGACCGUUCAGCUAAAUAAUUUUUACUCUCGACCUCUUCACGUCCAUGCAACACUGUCAUCGGGUGGUUCACCAGUCGAUGCCAUGGCCCUAUGGCUGAUCAAAAAUAAUCAUGGUGGAGCGUUUGCAAUAUGCAUGAGAGAAAGAAUCCACUUUUCUGGAAUCCACCGCAAACUCAAAGUGAAUUGGAUUUCUUAUGGUCAAAACACAAAUCCUUUAAACGUCACAGAAUCUAAGAAAGUGUUUCUCAGUGAUCGUGAUAUGGUGGAUUUUACUUUUUGUAAGAAAAUCAAUUUCACAAAUAACUUCUUCUCGCCACCCGUCGUUAUGGUCACUGCAAGUUACUACAGCAACGACUCCAGACCAGUUACGCAAACAUGCAAGGCAAUGAUUACGUGGAUUGAGGAAGURACAACUUCAUCAUUCAGAGUGUGCGCAAGACAGCUGCCAGGGUCCCAAAAUCGAGAUGACAAGAUUGGUAUCAGCUACAUUGUCAAUGGAGAUCUGGAUCCCUGUAUUAAUGUCUCGUGUAGCUAUUUCGGUGUCUGCAAAGCGUUUGCCCCCAACGAUGGCCGCUGUGUUUGUGUGACAAACUGUCCGACUUACGAGGAACAAGUGUGCUCUUCCAACGGAACCACUUUCAAAAACAGAUGCUUCUUUGAACUAGAAAUGUGCAGAAUCAGAAGAAAUCAUACUUUGCACCAUCCAGGAAGCUGUAGAGGUUUCCCGCUUGAGAAAGGAAGAGAUUUCUGGUCGUCACAUUCAGUGGAUCAGACAGUCUGCAAGGAAAUGAAAUUUAGACCUUACGCGUUUUAUCCAGACAAGCAAGUUCACGUCCAUCUUACCGUCAAUCAUGUUAAUACAACCAAUCACAAUCUGGUCCACGACGCUACUGCAUCAUGGGUAGAACGUGUUCAUUACCAGGGAUUCACUGCCUGUGUGACUACCGCUGGUCGAGGUGAGGGAGCACGUGCUACUGAAACCUCCUUUGAUUGGCUUGCUUACCAAGGUGCACCUGAUGGAGGCGUGACUGAUCGAACAAGAAUGGACGAGUGGUGGACUGGUACAAGUUGUAAAACAAUUCAGCUCCCAACGGACAAAUUCCAGACAGAGCCUACGGUAAUAGUAACAGCGGAACACAUUAGUACUGCCUUCAAACAUGAUGCUGCAAACAUCUGGCUUGAGCAAGUCAACAAGACGUCUUUUCAAGUGUGUUUGCGUGAAUUGCAGAACUUUGACGGUUUACACCAAGACAUUCAUGUGAGUUGGCUCGCGUUUGAUAAAGUACACCAGCCUCUAUUCAGUGAAAAGAGACAGAUAUACUUUCCCAACAAAGGAAGUCCAUCAGUGAGAAGUAAUGGAGCUUUUUGCAAGGAUGUCAAAUACAUCAAGAGUUACAGUUUUGUGCCUGUUGUUAUCUUGUCGACCAACCAUACACAAAGACAGGAUGCAAACAAAGCAGUCUGCGAUGGAGUUUCAACGUGGAUCGAGUACCUAAACACGACAGGAUUUCGUGUGUGUGUCAAGGAACUCUACACCAAACAAUACGAGCCACUGACAAUUAGCUACUUGGCAUUGGCAGAUAUAUGUGAUCCAGGAUGGAGAUACUUCGAUGGAGUUUGUUUUCAGAUCAGCUCUUCGUGUGAUACUUGGUUGAAUGCAGAGAAUCAGUGCAGGUCAUCACAGUCACACCUCGCAACCAUCAGAUCUCAGCGAGAAAACGUGUUUGUACAACAACAGCUCAACGGUGCCAAGGGCUGGUUUGGCUUCAAUGACAGAAGCGUUGAAGGAGAUUUCCGAUGGUCGAGUAAACUGCGAGGGAACUGGACCUACUGGGAAGUCAAUCAACCUGAUAAUGCAGGGAAUCAAGACUGUGUUCGCACUCUUGGUGUUCAUCACGACUACCGCUGGGACGAUGUUUCAUGUACUGACUGCCAUAACUUUACUUGUGCUAAAGAUAUUGAUGAAUGUUCAGUUGAUCAACACAGUUGUCAUGGUGAUGCUAUUUGUACCAAUACGUACGGAUCGCACACAUGUCAAUGYAAAACCGGUUUUACUGGAAAUGGUGUGCAAUGUACUGAUAUUGAUGAGUGCUCAACCUCUCCUUGUGAUGUGAAUGCCACGUGCUCUAACGUCCAAGGAUCUUAUAUCUGUCAAUGUAACCAUGGUUACUCUGGGGAUGGGUACACCUGCACUGAUAUCGACGAGUGUGCAAUAAUCGACUGUGGUCCAAAUGCUAUUGGCUGUACAAACACUGCGGGGUCAUAUAGCUGCAGAUGCAAACUUGGAUACUAUGGCAACGGGUCUGUCUGUAACGCACACUUAUACCGGGGGCUUGGGAAUUCAGCUAUGCUCCAUGACUACGGCAGCAACCAAUAUUGGCAGGACUUGUCUGGGUUCUUGAGUCCAGUGCUUCAAGAUGCAAGUAAGAGUCGUUGGGUGAGAUGUUGGAGAGCUGCUAGCGAUGGAUGGGAUGUGGAUUCAACAUUCCACCGCCAGUGUGACAACAAAGGACCGACAGUUAGCAUUGUUCGUGUUGGUAGUUACAUCUUUGGUGGCUAUACUGAUGUAUCAUGGGAUUGUUCGAGUAGCUACGCGUACUCUACUAAAGCCUUUCUGUUCUCACUGUACAACACACAUGGUUACAGUCCCAUCAAGUUACCAGCUGUACAGAAUCACCAGUAUGCUAUAUAUAGAGGCAGUGGUUAUGGUCCUACAUUUGGUGGGGGUCAUGACAUGUACAUAUCUAACCAUGCAUCAAGUUAUGGUGGUGCUUAUUUCUAUGUGUACACAUACAAAGCUCCACCUGCCUGUAGCUAUGGUAACUACUGCUUAUUCUACACAGGCAACACUCACUUCACACCCAGUGACGUUGAGGUUUUCUAUGAAACCACUAACUAGCAAUGAAGCUGUCUGAAACUGAAUCAAAAAGGGAUUGUAAUUAUGCUUAGAAAGGUUGCAGCAUUUAUUUUACAAAAAGUGAAAAUGUUUCGUUGAAUUAAAAAAAUUGUCCUUAUGCAUGAUGCUGGAUUGCAAAAAUAAUGAAAUCACCUCACCUUGACUGCAGUACUUUAUUAUAUUUUGAUUUUGUUUUGUCAGUAAUCCAUUUCACGGUUUUCCACCGUGGGAUCUAGAAAUCAAGCUGAGAUCAUGAAAGGUUUUUGUCAUGUUACAAAGGAAAACUCAUGAAAUACAUACUGGAAUAAAACUGCAAUUGUAUGAAAUAGCGAUGUGAGAUGUAAGCAAUUUCUCAUUAGGCAAAUUUAUUCAUUAACACUCUUUGAUAAUUGCGGGAUUUUUUUGGAUAAUAACUGAAUUUCACGUAUUAUAAUAACAUCCACAUCAAUUGGCUGACUGAUUCUGAAUUUUCACAGAAUGAACUCUGAAAGAAUUAAUGAAAAAUACCGUUUUAAAGAACUAAGCCCGACACUGCUGUCAGAAAUCCAUAAUGCUACAACCUUUCUGAGCAAAUAAAAAUAAUUCUAAAGUAGUUCUAGGCUCAAUAUAUCUGAGUGAUUUCAUGUAACCAAGUAAAAGCACAGCUAUAAGAUAAUGUUUGUAGGGUGAUGGUUUAGUCUC